AUGGGGCCCGCGGGAAGCGCAGGCUGCGGGCGGUGAGGGGAGCUGCGCUCGCCCCCGGGAAGCCCUGGCCGGCGCCCCUGCAGGUUCCCGGAGUAGCGGACGUUCGUGCUGGGAGGGCUGCGGGCUGGAAGCUGGGGCCACCAUGGCUAGUGGCGGCAGUCAGGGGUGCGAGGAGGACGAGGAAACUCUGAAGAAGUUAAUAGUCAGGCUGAACAACGUCCAGGAAGGAAAACAGAUAGAAACGCUGGUCCAAAUCCUGGAGGAUCUGCUGGUGUUCACGUACUCCGAGCACGCCUCCAAGUUAUUUCAAGGCAAAAAUAUCCACGUGCCUCUGUUGAUCGUCUUGGACUCGUAUAUGGGAGUCGCGAGUGUGCAGCAGGUGGGUUGGUCACUUUUAUGCAAAUUAAUAGAAAUCUGUCCAGGUACAAUGCAAAGCUUAAUGGGACCCCAGGAUGUUGGAAAUGAUUGGGAAGUCCUUGGUGUUCACCAAUUGAUUCUUAAAAUGCUAACAGUUCACAAUGCCAGUAUAAAUCUGUCAAUGAUUGGACUGAAGACCUUAGAUCUCCUCCUAACUUCAGGUAAAAUCACCUUGCUGAUAUUGGAUGAAGAAAGUGAUAUUUUCUUGUUAAUUUUUGAUGCCAUGCACUCAUUUCCAACCAAUGAUGAAGUCCAGAAACUUGGAUGCAAAGCUUUACAUGUGCUGUUUGAGAGAGUCUCAGAGGAGCAACUGACUGAAUUUGUUGAGAACAAAGAUUAUAUGAUAUUGUUAAGUGCGUUAAAAAAUUUUAAAGAAGAAGAGGAAAUUGUGCUUCAUGUGCUGCAUUGUUUACAUUCUCUAGCGAUUCCAUGCAAUAAUGUGGAAGUCCUCAUGAGUGGCAAUGUCAGGUGUUAUAAUAUUGUGGUGGAAGCUAUGAAAGCAUUCCCUUUCAGUGAAAAAAUUCAAGAAGUGAGUUGCUGCUUGCUCCAUAGGCUUACAUUAGAAAAAAGCUUGGUGACUGUUGGUGAGUUACAAAUAAGCCAAAUGGAAGAAGGUAAUUUUUUUAAUAUUCUGGUAUUAAAUGAAGUCCAUGAGUUUGUGGUGAAAGCUGUGCAGCAGUACCCAGAGAACGCAGCAUUACAAAUCUCAGCACUCAGCUGUUUGGCCCUUCUCACUGAGACCAUUUUCUUAAAUCAAGACUUAGAGGAAAAGAAUGAGAAUCAGGAGAAUGAUGAUGAGGGGGAAGAAGAUAAAUUGUUUUGGCUGGAAGCCUGUUACAAAGCAUUAACAUGGCAUAGAAAGAACAAGGAUGUGCAGGAGGCCGCAUGCUGGGCACUAAAUAAUCUCCUUAUGUACCAAAACAGUUUACAUGAGAAGAUUGGAGAUGAAGAUGGCCACUUCCCAGCUCAUAGGGAAGUGAUGCUCUCCAUGCUGAUGCAUUCUUCAUCAAAAGAAGUUUUCCAGGCAUCUGCGAAUGCACUAUCAACUCUCUUAGAACAAAAUGUUAAUUUCAGAAAGAUCCUGUUGUCGAAAGGAAUAUACUUGAAUGUUUUGGAGUCAAUGCAGAAGCAUAUACAUUCUCCUGAAGUGGCUGAAAGUGGCUGUAAAAUGCUAAAUCAUCUUUUUGAAGGAAGCAAUGUUUCCCUGGAUACAAUGGCAGCAGUGGUCCCCAAAAUAAUAACAGUUAUGAAAAGUCAUGAGACAUCAUUACCAGUGCAGCUGGAGGCGCUUCGAGCUAUUUUACAUUUUAUAGUGCCAGGCAUGACAGAAGAAUCCAGGGAGGAUACAGACGCUCAUCAUAAGCUAAAUAUGGUGAAAAAACAAUGUUUCAAGAAUGAUAUUCACAAACUGGUCCUAGCAGCUUUGAACAGGUUCAUUGGAAAUCCUGGGAUUCAGAAAUGUGGACUUAAAGUAGUUUCUUCUAUUGCACAUUUUCCUGAUGCAUUAGAGAUGUUAUCCCUGGAAGGUGCUAUGGAUUCGGUGCUUCACACACUGCAGAUGUAUCCAGAUGACCAAGAAAUUCAAUGUCUGGGUUUAAGUCUUAUAGGAUGCUUGAUUACAAAGAAGAACUUAUGCCUAGGAACUGGACAUCUGCUAGCAAAAAUUCUGGUUUCCAGCUUACAACGAUUUAAGGAUGUUGCCGAAGUACAGACUAAAGGAUUUCAGACAAUCUUAACAAUCCUCGAAUUGUCAGCAUCUUUUUCCAAGCUGCUGCUGAAUCAUUCAUUUGACUUAGUAAUAUUCCAUCAGAUGUCUUCGAAUGUGGAACAAAAGGAUCAACAGUUUCUAAACCUCUGUUGCAAGUGUUUUGCAAAAGUAGCUAUGGAUGAUGACUUAAAAAAUGUGAUGCUAGAGAGAGCCUGUGAUCAGAAUAACAGCAUCAUGGUUGAAUGUUUGCUUCUAUUGGGAGCAGAUGCCAAUCAAGCAAAGGAGGCAACUUCUUUAAUUUGUCAGGUAUGUGAGAAAGGGAGCAGUCCCAAAUUGGUGGAGCUCUUAUUGAAUAGUGGAUCUCGUGAACAAGAUGUACGGAAAGCGCUGACGAUAAGCAUUGGGAAAGGCGACAGCCGGAUCAUCAGCUUACUCUUACGGAGGCUGGCCCUGGAUGUGGCCAACAAUAGCAUUUGCCUUGGAGGAUUUUGUAUAGGGAAAGUUGAACCUUCUUGGCUUGGUCCUUUAUUUCCAGAUAAGGCUUCUAAUGUAAGGAAACAAACAAAUAUAGCAUCUACACUAGCAAGAAUGGUGAUCAGAUAUCAGAUGAAAAGUGCUGUGGAAGAAGGAACAGCCUCAGGCAGCAAUGGAAAUUUUUCUGAAGAUGUGCUGCAUAAAUUUGAUGAAUGGACCCUUAUUCCUGACUGUUCUAUGGACAGUGUGUUUGCUCAAAGUGAUGAUCUGGAUAGCGAAGGAAGUGAAGGCUCAUUCCUUGUGAAAAAGAAAUCAAAUUCAAUUAGUGUAGGAGAAUUUUACCGAGAUCUUGCAUUGCAACGUUGUUCACCAAAUUUGCAAAGGCAUUCCAAUUCUUUGGGACCCAUUUUUGAUCAUGAAGAUUUACUGAGGCGAAAAAGAAAAAUAUUAUCUUCAGAUGAUUCACUCAGGUCAUCAAAACUUCAAUCCCAUAUGAGGCAUUCAGAAAGUAUUUCUUCUCUGGCUUCUGAGAGAGAAUAUAUUACAUCACUAGACCUUUCAGCAAAUGAACUAAGAGAUAUUGAUGCCUUAAGCCAGAAAUGCUGUAUAAGUGGUCAUUUGGAGCAUCUUGAAAAGCUGGAGCUUCACCAGAAUGCACUCACAAGCUUUCCACAACAGCUAUGUGAAAUUCUGAAGAGUUUGACACAUUUGGACUUGCACAGUAAUAAAUUUACAUCAUUUCCUUCUUACUUGUUGAAAAUGAAUUGCAUUGCUAACCUUGAUGUCUCUCGAAAUGACAUUGGACCCUCAGUGGUUUUAGAUCCUGCAGUGAAAUGUCCAACUCUGAAACAGUUUAACCUAUCAUAUAACCAGCUGUCUUCUGUUCCUGAAAAUGUUGCUGAUGUGGUAGAGAGGCUGGAGCAGCUCAUUUUAGAAGGAAAUAAAAUAUCAGGAAUAUGCUCCCCCUUGAGACUGAAGGAACUGAAGAUUUUAAACCUUAGUAAAAAUCACAUUUCAUCCCUAUCAGAGAACUUUCUUGAGGCUUGUCCUAAAGUGGAGAGUUUCAGUGCCAGAAUGAAUUUUCUUGCUGCUAUACCUUUCUUGCCUUCUUCCAUGACAAGCCUAAAAUUAUCUCAGAACAAAUUUACAUGUAUUCCAGAAGCAAUUUUAAAUCUUCCACACUUGCGGUCUUUAGAUAUGAGCAGCAAUGAUAUUCAGUAUCUACCAGGUCCUGCACACUGGAAGUCUUUGAACUUAAGGGAACUAUUGUUUAGCCAUAAUCAGAUCAGCAUCCUGGACUUGAGUGAAAAAGCAUAUUUAUGGUCUAGAGUAGAGAAACUACAUCUUUCUCACAAUAAACUGAAAGAGAUUCCUCCUGAGAUUGGCUGUCUUGAAAAUCUGACAUCUCUGGAUGUCAGUUACAACUUGGAACUAAGAUCCUUUCCCAAUGAAAUGGGGAAAUUAAGCAAAAUAUGGGACCUUCCUUUGGAUGAACUGCAUCUUAACUUUGAUUUUAAACACAUAGGAUGUAAAGCCAAAGACAUCAUAAGGUUUCUUCAACAGCGGUUAAAAAAGGCUGUACCCUAUAACCGAAUGAAACUUAUGAUUGUGGGAAAUACUGGGAGUGGUAAAACCACUUUAUUGCAGCAAUUAAUGAAAAUCAAGAAAUCAGAUCUUGGAAUGCAAAGUGCCACAGUUGGCAUAGAUGUGAAAGACUGGCCUAUUCAAAUAAGAGGCAAAAGAAAGAGAGACCUCAUUCUAAAUGUGUGGGAUUUUGCAGGUCGUGAGGAAUUCUAUAGUACUCAUCCGCAUUUUAUGACCCAGCGAGCGUUGUAUCUUGCUGUCUAUGACCUCAGCAAAGGACAGGCUGAAGUUGAUGCCAUGAAGCCUUGGCUCUUUAAUAUAAAGGCUCGUGCUUCUUCCUCUCCAGUGAUUCUCGUUGGCACACAUUCGGAUGUUUCUGAUGAGAAGCAGCGCAAAGCCUGCAUAAGUAAAAUCACCAAGGAACUCUUGAAUAAGCGAGGGUUCCCUGCCAUCCGAGAUUACCACUUUGUGAAUGCCACCGAGGAAUCUGAUGCUUUGGCAAAACUUCGGAAAACCAUCAUAAACGAGAGCCUUAAUUUCAAGAUCCGAGAUCAGCCUGUUGUUGGACAGCUGAUCCCAGAUUGCUAUGUAGAACUUGAGAAAAUCAUUUUAUCAGAGCGUAAAAAUGUGCCAAUUGAAUUUCCUGUAAUUGACCAGAAACGAUUAUUACAACUUGUGAAAGAAAAUCAGCUGCAGUUAGAUGAAAAUGAACUUCCUCAUGCAGUUCACUUUCUAAAUGAAUCAGGAGUCCUUCUUCAUUUUCAAGACCCAGCACUGCAGUUAAGUGACUUGUAUUUCGUGGAACCCAAGUGGCUUUGUAAAAUCAUGGCACAGAUUUUGACAGUGAAAGUGGAAGGUUGUCCAAAACACCCUAAGGGAAUUAUUUCACGUAGAGAUGUGGAAAAAUUUCUUUCAAAGAAAAGAAGAUUUCCAAAGAACUACAUGUCACAGUAUUUUAAGCUCCUGGAAAAAUUCCAGAUUGCUUUGCCAAUAGGAGAAGAAUAUUUGCUGGUUCCAAGCAGUUUGUCUGACCACAGGCCUGUGAUAGAGCUUCCCCAUUGUGAGAACUCUGAAAUUAUCAUCCGACUAUAUGAAAUGCCUUAUUUUCCAAUGGGAUUUUGGUCCAGAUUAAUCAACCGAUUACUUGAGAUUUCACCUUACAUGCUUUCAGGGAGAGAACGAGCACUUCGCCCAAAUAGAAUGUACUGGCGACAAGGCAUCUACUUGAAUUGGUCUCCUGAAGCUUAUUGUCUAGUAGGAUCUGAAGUCAUAGACAAUCACCCAGAGAGUUUCCUGAAAAUUACAGUUCCUUCUUGUAGAAAAGGCUGUAUUCUUUUGGGCCAAGUUGUGGACCACAUUGAUUCUCUCAUGGAAGAAUGGUUUCCUGGGUUGUUGGAGAUUGAUAUUUGUGGUGAAGGAGAAACCCUAUUGAAGAAAUGGGCAUUAUAUAGUUUUAAUGAUGGUGAAGAACAUAAAAAAAUCUUACUUGAUGACUUGAUGAAGAAAGCAGAGGAAGGAGAUCUCUUAGUAAAUCCAGAUCAACCAAGGCUCACCAUUCCAAUAUCUCAGAUUGCCCCUGACUUGAUUUUGGCUGACCUGCCUAGAAAUAUUAUGUUGAAUAAUGAUGAGUUGGAAUUUGAACAAGCUCCAGAGUUUCUCCUAGGUGAUGGCAGUUUUGGAUCAGUUUAUCGAGCAGCCUAUGAAGGAGAAGAAGUGGCUGUGAAGAUUUUUAAUAAGCAUACAUCACUUAGGCUGUUAAGACAAGAGCUGGUGGUGCUUUGCCACCUCCACCACCCCAGUUUGAUAUCUUUGCUGGCAGCGGGGAUUCGUCCCAGGAUGUUGGUGAUGGAGUUAGCUUCCAAGGGUUCCUUGGAUCGCCUGCUUCAGCAAGACAAAGCCAGCCUCACCAGAACCCUACAGCACAGGAUUGCACUCCAUGUGGCUGAUGGUUUGAGAUACCUCCACUCGGCCAUGAUCAUAUACCGAGACUUGAAGCCCCACAAUGUGCUGCUUUUCACCCUGUAUCCCAAUGCUGCCAUCAUUGCAAAGAUUGCUGACUACGGCAUUGCUCAGUACUGCUGUAGAAUGGGGAUAAAAACGUCAGAGGGCACACCAGGGUUUCGUGCACCUGAAGUUGCCAGAGGAAAUGUCAUUUAUAACCAACAGGCUGAUGUUUAUUCAUUUGGUUUACUACUCUAUGACAUUUUGACAACUGGAGGAAGAAUAGUGGAGGGUUUGAAGUUUCCAAAUGAGUUUGAUGAAUUAGCAAUACAAGGAAAAUUACCUGAUCCAGUUAAAGAAUAUGGUUGUGUCCCAUGGCCUAUGGUUGAGAAAUUAAUUAAAAAGUGUUUGAAAGAAAAUCCUCAAGAAAGGCCUACUUCUGCACAGGUCUUUGACAUUUUGAAUUCAGCUGAGUUAACCUGUCUGAUGAGACACAUUUUAUUACCUAAAAACGUUAUUGUUGAAUGCAUGGUUGCUACACAUCACAACAGCAGGAAUGCAAGCAUUUGGCUGGGCUGUGGGCACACCAACAGAGGACAGCUCUCAUUUCUAGAUUUAAAUACUGAAGAAUACACUUCUGAGGAAGUUGCUGAUAGCAGAAUAUUAUGCUUAGCCUUGGUACAUCUUCCUGCUGAAAAGGAAAGCUGGAUUGUGUCUGGGACACAGUCCGGUACUCUCCUGGUCAUCAAUACUGAAGAUGAGAAAAAGAGACAUACCCUAGAAAAGAUGACUGAUUCCAUCACUUGUUUGUAUUGCAAUUCCUUUCCAAAGCAAAGCAAACAAAAAAUUUUUCUUUUGGUUGGAACUGCUGAUGGAAAUAUAGCAAUUUUUGAAGAUAAGACAAUUAAGCUUAAAGGAGCUGCUCCUUUGAAGAUACUAAAUAUAGGAAAUGUCAGCACUCCAUUAAUGUGUUUGAGUGAAUCCACAAAUUCAAUGGAAAGAAACAUAAUGUGGGGAGGAUGUGGCACAAAGAUUUUCUCCUUUUCUAAUGAUUUCACCAUUCAGAAAUUCAUUGAGACAAGGACAAAUCAACUAUUUUCUUAUGCAGCUUUCAGUGAUUCCAACAUCAUAGCAGUGGUGGUAGACACCGCUCUCUAUGUUGCUAAGAAAAAUAGCCCUGUUGUGGAAGUGUGGGAUAAGAAAACUGAAAAACUCUGCGAACUAAUAGACUGUGUGCACUUUUUAAGGGAGUUGGUAAAAGUAAACAAGGAAGCAAAACACAAAAUGUCUUAUUCUGGGCGGGUGAAAACUCUCUGCCUUCAGAAGAACACUGCUCUCUGGAUAGGAACUGGAGGAGGCCAUAUUUUACUCCUGGAUCUUUCCACUCGUCGAGUUAUACGUAUAAUUUACAACUUUUGUGAUUCAGUCCGAGUCAUGAUGACAGCACAGCUAGGAAGCCUUAAAAAUGUCAUGCUGGUUUUGGGCUACAACUGGAAAAGUACUGAAGGUACACAGCACCAGAAAGAGACACAAUCUUGCUUGACUGUUUGGGACAUCAAUCUUCCACAUGAAGUGCAAAAUUUAGAAAAACACAUUGAAGUGAGAAAAGAAUUAGCUGAAAAAAUGAGAGGAACAUCUGCUGAAUAAGAGAGAAAUUGGAAUUGCCUUUGGAUAGAAAAUUAUUCUCUUCUCUUGUAAAUAUUUAUUUAAAAAAUAUUCACCUAAAAGGGUACUUACAUUUUUUGAAAUAGUUCAUAUGUAUAUGAAGGGAUGUUAUAUUUUUAAUUUUUAAUUUAAAUAUGUGUAAAAAUACUUACCCAGUAAACGUAUAUUUUAAAGAACUAUUUAAAACACAGUAUUAUAUUUCUUAUAAAUUAGUUACUUUUGUGCAUUAAUUAAUGAAAAUAAAUCUAUGAAGUACCUAAUUUCAGUACUCAUACUAAAAUUUAUAAGGCCGAUAAUAUUUUGUUUUGUUUUCUGUAAUGAAGGUAAACUUUAUUUUAAAUUCUGUGCUUAAGACAGGACUACUGCUUGUUGAUUUUUCUAGAAAUUCUGCAAGAUAGAAUGAAAAUAUUAAGACAAUUUCCCAUGUAAUAUAUUCCUUCUUAGAUUGCUUUGAAAUGCACUAUCACAUAUGCUUGUAAAUAUUUAGAUGAAUUUGCACUAAUAAAGCCCUUUGUUGGUCUAUGAAUUCUCUUUGUUGCAAACAGUGCAUCUUACACAACUUCACUCAAUCCAAAAGAAAACUCCAUUAAAAGUACUGAUGAAAAAGCAUGACAUACUGUCAAGAGUAAACUCUCUGUGUCUUUCCUGGAUAUGAUAGAGUUGUUUUUCAACUCUGUCUUUGAAUAUGGAUAUCCUGAAUUUUGUAUAAUUUGUGUAAAUACAGUAUUCAGUUCUUCAAGUGAUAUUUUUAUUUUUUAUACAUAUCACUAGCUAAUUGUUUCCUAAUCUGCUUAAUUCUAAUGCUUAUAUUAAUCUUUUCCCUAAAUUUAUGAUGCUGCAGAUCCUACAUCAUUCAGAUAGAAACCUUCUUUUUUUCAGAAUUAUGGAAUUCUACAGCUCCUACCAAGACCACAAGGGCAAAUAUCUAACACUCUUCAGUCUGCUGAAAAUGAAAGGAGCUUUAGUUAUGACGGGUAAAAAUAUCUGCCACCCUAGGCUUCCAAGUUAUACUUAAAUUGUUUACAUAGCUUACCCAGUAGGAGUAUCAGGGCCAAAUACCUAUGUAUAAUUUGAGGUCAUUUCUGCUUUAGGAAAAGUACUUUUGGUAACUUCUUUGGCACUGACCAGUAUUCAUUAUUUCAGACAAUUCCCUGUAAUGGGACAACUAGUCUGUUUAAUAUUUUCAGAACUUAACGGCAUUUUACUAUAUGAAAACUUUAAAUUGAUUUAUAUUAAGGAUAAUCACAUUCUUAACCAUGAAAGAUUUUCUGUGUUUUAAAGGAAUCUAUGCUUUAAGUUGUUAUGUAAUUAACAAAAUAAUUCAUACAUAAUAGAGCUCUUUGCUUCCAGUGUUAUCUCUUUCAUUGUUACUUUGUACGUAUUUGCAUUUUUUUUACCAAAGACAAAUACAAAAACAAAAAAAGUGAACACUGUAUUUAAAUGGAAUAAUAAACUUUUUAAAAGCAUGUUUAUGAAUGUUUAAACUUUGUGAUAGUGUUUACUUUUCACAUAUAGUUCUGUUAUCUAGCUCAUAGGAAACUUUGUUUUAAUUUGUAUUUGUAAUAUGUAAUUUUUGUGUAAUUUGUUUAUGUAAUAUGUAAAGGCCAAUAGAAUUGUGAUUUACUAUAAUGAGGGUCCAGUGGAUAAAAUAAUUGCAAGCUGA